AUGCUCUCAACUCCUAAUCAAUUUCUUGACAUACUAUGGAGCUAUUGGGGCAAAAAGGGCGAGAAUUCGUGGGAAAAGGAAUUUGACAAAUGCAGGGGAAGAAUGCAAUCACCCAUUAAUAUAGAUACUAAUAAACUGAUUGUCGACGAGUCGUUGAACAUUGAAUUUAUUAAUUACGACAAAGCGGUCAAUAAAGCAAACAUGUUUAAUACUGGAUAUAAAGUGAAGAUAUACGCGGAUGAAAAUAGUGCUGAAGAUGUGUUCAUCAGUGGUUCGGCGCUCAAUAACCAGACCUAUAAGUUCAUUGAAUUGCACUUCCAUUGGAACGAUGGGCCAAACAAUGGGUCCGAACACGCAAUCGAUGGCCAAAAGUUUGUGAUGGAGUGCCAUAUAAUGCACCGCAAUAUUAAAUACAACGACAUGGAGACGGCCAACGCUCACGACGACGGCUACGCUAUCAUUGCUCUCGUAUAUAUCGAAUUGGAUGAACCAAACCUAAUGUACGAUAUGAUUACCGAUCACUUGCAUAACGUUCAGGACAUCGGACAGCAGUACACGUUUGAAACUUCUAUCUAUUUAGAGAGCCUAUUGCCGCCCAAUCGGGAAGUAUUUUAUCGGUACUUCGGUUCGUAUACCACUCCCCGUUGUAAUGAAGCCGUCACUUGGAUUAUAUACCCGGAGCUCGUCUUUAUUGAUAAAAAACAGGUCUAA